UGACGCAGCAGCAAGAUGGCGGCGCAGGUGGAGUUGUGUUGUUUGGAAAGUUUCCCUUCGCACCUGAGUCCCCUGGACGUUCUGGUUCUUCAAACUCAACUGCACUCGGUUUUCCAGAAUGACACCGACCCGCCGACCGCCCUCUUCACCCCGCAGCGGCCUCGGGGCUCCGGAGGGCCGGGCAUCUUACUGCGCGUCCACCCGACCACCGAGGAGGAGAUCGCGGGCUGCGGAGGAGGAGGAGACUCCCCCGGAGCGGAGCUCGGGAUCCGGGUCCGGGUGUUCACCAGCCGCUUCUUCCUGCGGCACCACGGGCUCCAGGGGCUCGGCAGCAGCACGGGGACCCUGCGGGCCCUGGAGCCGAUCCCCCUGGAGAGACUGGUGCUGGGAGCCCGCAGCAGGCAGAGCCUCCUCUGGGCCGGAGCCGAGCGCUUCACCGGCGGGCUGCUGGAGCUCUGCCGCCCGGGACAGUGGCUGCUGGCCCGGCGGGGAGACCCGCUGCUGCUGCCCCGACACCCGCUGCUGGGAGAGGACCCGGCACAGGUGCAGCAGCAGCUGAUGGAGCUGCUGGUGCUGGACUGCAGCCCCGUGACACAGGGCCGGAUCACCGCCGACACCGCUCUGGUUCUGACGGACUGCCCGGACUCGGCGGACCCCCCCGGCGCCGCCCCGGCCUGCAGGCCGCUCCGGCUGUGCGUGUCGGACUUCGCUCAUUACGCCGACGGCCUCGCGGGCGGCCGCUCCCUCCUGGACAGCGAGCUGCUGCGCUCGGGGCUCUCGGGGCCCUCGGGGCUCUCGGGGGUCCUGCAGGCGCUGGAGUGCCGGCUGGACGUCCAGGUGGUGGACACCGGGCGAUGGCUCGGGGUCAAAGGUCAGCAGGGCGCCGCCGACGUGGACAACUGCGUGUUCGUGAGCAAACGGCUGCUCCUGCGGCUCGGGCUGUUCAACCAGGAGUGGGUGAAGCUGUCGAGGCCCGGCGGGGCCUCCAGAACCACCGGGCCGGGGCUCCCCGACGUCAAGGGGGCCGCCGGCAGACAGCGGCUGGUCUCCGUGCUGGUGGUGGAUUUAACGGAGAACCCGGACCGGCAGAACCCGGACCUGCAGAAUCACGACGAAGUGGGCUUCAUAUCGGCAACGCUGUGGUUCAACAUGACGGAAGGAGACGAGAUCCCCGUGAACGGCUGCACGCUGAGGAUGAAGCGCUGGACGCCGUCUCCUCCGGCGCCCGCCGCCGCCGCUCGCCACUCAGACAGCUUCAGUCGCUCUUCUUCUCCGAUGUUCGCCGGCGAGCUUCACGUCCAGCCGGUCGCGUCGCCGCUCUACAACAACCUCGGUUGCUACGGCGACCUGCUGUCCGAGCACUUCGCCUCGCCCAGGCUCGUUUCACAGGGAGACGUCCUGACGGUCCCCACAGGCCACGCCCCCGACCUGCUGGAGAGCAACGCAGAGGGGGUGCACAGGUGUCCAGUGCUGUACUUCAGAGUGCAGAAGGUGUGUCUGUCGACGGAGGAAGGAGGAGGAGGAGGAGGAGGAGGAGGAGAAGAAGAAGAAGGAGGAGAAGAAGAAGAAGCUCUACUGGUGGACAGACUGCACACCACGCUCUACAUGCGAGGCCCCGCCGGCGGCCCGGUGCCCGGCCUCUCCGUGGGGGGGGGGCGGUCCCUGUGGAGCAGCCUGUGUCCCGCGGGCCUCCAGACCACCGUGGAGCUCCUCUGCAGCGCCGUCAGCCCGCACCUGCAGCGCAGCAGCUCUCUGGCCGGCUGCACCGUCCUCCUGCACGGACCCACAGGAAGUGGGAAAGUGACGGCGCUCAGAGCAGCGACCCGGAGACUCAACCUCCACCUGCUGAAGGUGGACUGCGUCGCCGUGUGCGCCGACACGCCGGCGGCCUCGGAGGCGAAGCUGUCGUCGGCGUUCCGGCGUGCCGAGGCGCUGCGUCCGUGCGUCCUGCUGCUGCGCAACCUGCAGCUGCUGCUCGGUCGCCGCGGCGACGCCAGGGAGGACAGCCGAGUCCACGCCGCGCUCUGCCGCCUGCUCCGCGGCGCCCCCUGCAGCGUGGUCGUCGUGGCGACGGUCCGCAAACCCCGGGAGCUGCCGGCGGGCGUCGCGGCGGCGUUCGUCCACCGGGUGGCGCUGGAGAGUCCCACCGAGGAGCAGCGGCUCGCCAUGCUGGUCAGCUUGAGCCGAGACCUCCAGCUGGGGAGAGACGUCGACCUGGAGAGGAUCGCCAAGGGCACCGCGGGCUUUGUGUUGGGGGAUCUGAGCGCCCUGCUGGUGGAAGCCGGUCGAGCUGCCUGCAGGAGGCUGAUUCACACCUGCCGUGGGAGGCUGGAGGAGGCCCGGCUGGAGGGGGCCCGGCUGGAGGGGGCCCGGCUGGAGGAGACCCGGCUGGAGGAGACCCGGCUGGAGGGGGCCCGGCUGGAGGGGGCCCGGCUGGAGGAGACCCUGCGCUCCAGCGGCGUGGCGGUCCUGGACCAGGACUUCUGCUCCGCCCUGAAGACCCUGCAGGAGGCCCAGUCCUCGGCCAUCGGGGCCCCCAAGAUCCCAGACGUGCGCUGGGAGGACAUCGGCGGGCUGCAGCAGGUGAAGAAGGAGAUCCUGGACACGGUCCAGCUGCCUCUGCAGCGCCCGGAGCUCCUGAGUCUGGGUCUGAACCGGACCGGGCUCCUCCUGUACGGACCCCCGGGGACCGGCAAGACCCUGCUGGCCAAGGCCGUGGCCACCGAGUGCUCCAUGACCUUCCUCAGCGUUAAAGGUCCGGAGCUCAUCAACAUGUACGUGGGUCAGAGUGAAGAGAACAUCAGAGAAGUGUUCAGCAGAGCGCGCUCAGCGGCUCCGUGCGUCGUCUUCUUCGAUGAGCUGGACUCUCUGGCUCCCAGCAGGGGGCGCAGUGGAGACUCAGGGGGGGUGAUGGACAGAGUCGUGUCCCAGCUGCUGGCCGAGCUCGACGCUCUGCCAACGUGUGCCGGAGUUUUUGUGAUAGGAGCCACGAACCGUCCAGACCUGCUGGACCGAUCACUGCUGAGGCCCGGCAGGUUUGAUAAGCUGGUGUUCGUGGGCCUCAGCGAGGACCGGGCCUCCCAGCUGCAGGUCCUCAGGGCGAUCCUCCGGAGGCUCCAGGUGGACCCCGCGGUGGACCUGCAGCGGGUGCUGGAGCGCUGCCCCGAUCACAUGACCGGCGCCGACCUGUACGCCCUGUGUUCGGACGCCAUGACGGCCGCCAUCAAGAGGAAGAUCGCUCUCAUCGACCGCGGUCUGGACUCGGAGGAUUCUCCUCUUCUCGUCUGCGUUGAGGAUUUUUCUUCAGCGUUGGAAAACUUCAAGCCGUCGAUUUCCCCCAAGGAGCUGCAGAGAUACAGAAACCUUCACCGGGAACUCACUGCCAAGUAGAGGAGGAGGAGGAGGAGGAGGAGGAGGAG